AGGGUGAGUUGCUCUACAAACCAAAUCUAAGUAAAAAUCUAUGUAAAAAUUAGAAAGAAGAUAAGGAGAGGAGAGUGGGUAGGCAUUUUGUCACUAUCCAAGCAGAGGCAGAGGUGGAGCUUUGGGGGCUGUGGGGCCUCGAGGAACAGCUGCAUGGAGUUGGAUCACCAAAGCCUUCUCUUCUUCCCCUCUGCCUCUAUAACUACUUGUGGCCACCGCACGAUCUUUGCCUCACAUGUAGUCCCUGUCCUCAUCAUUUUUACAGUCCCAUGUUCUGCUUCUUUUCCUUCUCUUAGCUUUACUGUCUUGGUAUUCAUCAAAAAAAAAAAAAGAAGUUUUAGUGUUUUGGUCCCCUCCAGCUCCCAAGAGCCAAAAGUUGGAAGAAAACAUCAGUCGGUUGUGUUGUCCUGGAGCCACCAAAUUGUAAAUUUCCCUCUGUUUUUCUUCUUUUCAAGUGAAUUCCGAGCAGUUUGUGAUCACUUCUUCUGGUUUGGUUUCCAAGGAGGGAUUUUCAAGUGGGACUUGAAUAUUUGGAAAUUUGUACAUCAAGAAAGGGAAAUAGUGUUUUGGGUGUCAAUUAUGGCUGCAAGAUCAGGUAUCCGAUUAAACUUGAAAAGACAAAUUUCGAGAUCACUUACUGAUUUCACUGGAGAACACAUCAGAGAUACAAGACAGAAAAUGAGUGCAGGCAAAGUGAAGCGUCGUGUGGGGAAGUAUGAACUUGGGCGGACAAUUGGGGAAGGGACAUUUGCAAAGGUUAGGUUUGCAAGGAACUCCGAAACAGGGGAACCUGCUGCCAUCAAGAUUCUUGAUAAGGAAAAGGUUCUCAAGCACAAAUUGGUUGAGCAGAUUAAACGAGAAAUUGCCACCAUGAAGUUAAUAAAGCAUCCUAAUGUUGUUCGGAUAUAUGAGGUUAUGGGAAGCAAAACAAAAAUAUUCCUCGUACUUGAAUAUAUUACAGGGGGAGAGCUUUUUGACAAAAUUGUUAACCAUGGGCGAAUGAGGGAGGAUGAAGCACGAAGGUAUUUUCAACAACUAAUUAAUGCUGUGGAUUAUUGCCAUAGCAGGGGGGUGUACCACCGUGACUUAAAGCCAGAAAAUUUACUACUUGAUGCAUGUGGGAACCUCAAAGUUUCUGAUUUUGGAUUGAGUGCAUUAUCACAACAAGUCAGGGAUGAUGGCUUGCUUCACACUACUUGCGGAACUCCAAACUAUGUUGCUCCAGAGGUCCUCAAUGACAGAGGCUAUGAUGGGGCAACUGCAGACUUAUGGUCAUGUGGAGUCAUUCUUUUCGUAUUGCUAGCAGGGUAUUUGCCUUUUGAGGAUUCUAAUCUUAUGACCUUGUAUAAGAAAAUUUCGGCUGCUGAAUUUACAUGCCCAUCUUGGCUUUCUUUUGGUGCCAUGAGACUGUUGACAAGAAUCCUCGAUCCAAACCCCAUGACACGAAUAACUAUCCCUGAAAUAUUGGAGGAUGAAUGGUUCAAGAAAGGCUAUAAGCCACCAGUCUUUGAGGAGAAAUAUGAUACGAAUCUGGAUGAUGUGGAUGCUGUUUUCAAGGACUCAGAAGAACACCAUGUAACAGAGGAGAGGGAAGACCAGCCAACAGCUAUGAAUGCAUUUGAGCUGAUUUCAAUGUCAAAGGGGCUAAAUCUUGGAAAUUUGUUUGACAUAGAACAGGAAUUCAAGAGAGAAACCAGAUUUACAUCAAAAUGUCCAGCCAAUGAAAUCGUCAGGAAGAUCGAAGAAGCUGCAAAACCACUGGGCUUUGAUGUUCACAAGAAAAAUUACAAGAUGAGGCUGCAAAACGUGAAAGCCGGAAGAAAGGGGAAUCUCAAUGUUGCUACCGAGGUAUUUCAAGUAGCUCCCUGUCUUCAUAUGGUUGAAGUACGGAAAGCUAAAGGAGACACUCUAGAAUUCCACAAGUUUUAUAAGAAUCUCUCCAACAGCCUCAAGGAUGUUGUUUGGAAAUCUGAAGAGGAUAUGCAAGAAAAUGUUGCCGAAUGAGGCAGCUCCAAGACACGACAGAUCUCUUAGCGAAAGACAUUGCCUUCUAGUCAUCCUGGUUGUUUUAUUUUAUUUUAUUUUUGGAGCAGGUUGUCAGCAGCUAGUCGUCAUAAUGGCUGAUGUGUCCCUGCAUAAUUUUUUUUCCUGUUAAACACUUGGUCACUGUAAAUCUUGGGGAAAUCCUGUUUGAUUGUUUUAUUUCUUGUUUUUUUUUUCUGUAUUGUUGGUUGAGAUCAUAAAGUUGGCACCAGUUUGAUAUAAUGUAGAGUACCGUUCGAUCUUAUAUAUGGAGAGAUCUCUUUUCUGGAA